AUGGCCGACCACUUCGAAGUAACAGUCGUAUCAAUCGGAUACCGGCUCGCGCCCGAAGACCCGUGGCCCGCCGGCGCAGAAGACUGCUAUGACGCUGCGGAAUGGCUAGUCAAGAAUGGUCCGGAGGUUUUUAGUGGGGAAUUGAUGUUUACGGGUGGUGAGUCCGCAGGCGGCCACCUCGCCUGCCUCGUCGCCUUCCACCUCCUUUCCACCCUCCCAUCCUUCUCCUUCCGCGGCCUCCUCCUCCACUUCGGCUGCUACGACCUCUCCACCUUCCUCCCCCACGUACUGCACCACGAAUCCCACCUCGUAAUCGACCACGACGUAAUGAAAUCCUACAUCGACGCCCUCUUACCCAACACCACCGAAGCCGACCGCCGCGACCCGUCGAUAAGUCCUUUUUGGCAGGACCUGCGGGGGAUGAAACUGCCGCCGGCGCUGUUUACGUGUGGGAGUGAGGAUCCGUUGUUGGAUGAUAGUGUGUUGAUGGGGGCGAAGUGGGGGAUGUGGGGGUGUGAGAGUGUGGUGAAGAUUUAUAGGGGGGCGCCGCAUGGGUUUAUUGGGUUUCCGCCUGGGACUAUUAAGGCGGUGCAGGAGGUGCUUGAUGAUACUGAGGCGUUUGUUAGGGCGAAGAUGGGGGUUUGA